AUGUCACUCCACACCAAUUUCCACGAUAUCGAUUCUGAUGAUGCGGAUGACGAGUAUGAGCGCAGCGUGAUUGUCUCCCCACAUCUGCAAACAGAUUCUGAAAUAUCUCCUAUUGACUCCGAUAUUGCUUCCUCCGAACAUACGCCAACCAAAUUUGGCUAUCCUAGUGAUGGUCCCCGAACUCCACGAGCACUCAUAACUGAAUGGACGGUGGACGACUGUGUAGACUUUUUGACGUCACUUGGUCUGCUUCAGUACUGUGGAUCGUUUCGAGAGAAUGUAAUUGCGGGUGAUGUGCUCAUUGCGUUAAAACACGAUGACCUAAAGGAAAUGGGGAUCAAUAGUGUGGGACAUCGACUGACAAUCUUGAAAAAUGUCUAUGAAAUCAAAGUCAAGCACGAUAUUCCCCUUGACGUCGACCACUAUAUUCCACUUUCGGCCGAUCAGAGCAUGAAUGAGAACGCCACUCAAGACGAUAUUGCUAGGUUGAUUCAGUCAAUCCAAAUUAGAGACCAAAGGAUUUUUGUGGUUGAGACAGAGAUGCGUCGCCUUUCAGAGGACUAUCGGCGGCUAAGAGAAGAGAUACUUCCUGCUAUCAGAAUCGCCAAGGACCGAUCUCACCCACUGCCUUCCCAUUCUUCGGGACAGGACGGCCAUCGUGAUAGUGUCACCCUCACCUCACCUUCCCAGCUCACUCUCGUGGACCAUCCUUCAUCUUCGUCAACCUCAAAACUGGCCAGGGCCUUCUCGAAACGCACCUAUACAGGUGGAGCCACGCCCAAGAAUAACAACUCACCAACCCAUAUUCCCCCCUCUAUCUAUGAAGGCAGGAGUCACCAUGACGGAGCAUCUUUGGAUCCAUCAACCGCCGCUUCUUCUCAUUUGACAGUCAUGAAUGGAGGUUUACAGCAUUCUUCAGGAGUUCCGUCACCAACUUCCCCAAAUACCAUAUCAGCGCAUCAUCAGACUCUCAAUCCUCGAUCAUAUUCCCAACCUGGUUCAGCCAGUCGUUUGGCACACGAACAUUCUGAUGAAUUAUCAAGAGCGCCAUCCCGAGGGGAUCGCUCGACUUCAAGUCAACCACCUUCUGCGCGCACUGAAACCCCGUCUUCAGCACAUCGAGUUGAGUCUCGAGGUGCUGGGCCAUCCAGUGUGGAAAUCUUCAAGUCAUUCCGAGUAUCUUGGGAAGAUCCUUGCUACAAGGUUCUUCCCGCCGCUCUCAGGAAAUACAAUAUUCACAAUGAUCCGAAAGAUUAUGCACUAUACAUUGUCUAUGGGGAUCAAGAACGAUGCCUAGGGCUAGAUGAAAAGCCAUUGCUUCUCUUCAAGCAACUAGAGAGAGAAGGACGAAAACCAAUGUUCAUGUUGCGGAAGAUUCAUCCAGACAAUAUUUACCCGAGUGCAGCUAGCACAGCUCCGAACAGCGCUGGCUUCGAUGGUGGUCGACAGGCGCAAAUUAAUUUACCCGGUGGUGUUUUGUGA